CUCCUCCUCUCCCUCUCUCUUUUUUAGUUCGCCGCCGAACUCUCCAAAACCCCCACGAAAACCCUCGCUUCCCACCGACUCCAUGUGGCGCCUCCGGUCGCGGACGGCGGCGGCGGCGGCCGUCAUUGCCGCGUCCGCGGCGUCGCUCGCCGACGUCGCCUACGCGGACAGCGGCUACUCCUUCUUCCGCCGCAGCUCCCCCCCGCCUCCACCUCCCGCCGCCGCCGCCGCCGCCGCUGCUUCGGAGGACUCUGGCACGGAGGUGGCCGUCGAGGUGGAUUCCAGCGGGUUCGACCCCGAGAGCCUGGAGCGGGCGGCCAGGUUGCUGCGGAAGCUCAACUCGUCGAAAUACGCGAAGCAGCUGUUUGAGCUGAUGCGCAUGCAGGAGAAGACCCGGCUUGCGGAGCUGGAGGCCGAGAAGGUUCAGUACAUCAUCCAACAACACCUCAGGGACAUUGAGAGGCAACAGAAAGAAGGUGAAAAAUUCAGAGAGAGUUUGCAGCAGCAAGCUCAAGCAGAGGCACAAAAGUUACGUUAUGACGAUGAAUUAGCUAGGAAAAGAAUGCAGACGGAGCGUGAAGCACAAAGGCGACAGGAUGCAGAACUUGUGAAGAUGCAAGAGGCAGCUGCCCUUAGGAAAGAAGAAGUUAGGCGUACCACAGAAAAGAAGAUUUUAGAAAAAAUGCUAGAGGAUGAGAAAGAAAAGGCUCUCUUAAAGAAACAAAAUAUCCAAGCUAACGCUGAAGCAAAAGGUGAAGCCCUUACUCGUGAAGCAAAGGCUUUAGAAGACUACAACAGAAAGAUGCUCCUGGAACGUAUAAAUGGCGACAAAGAGAAGUGGAUUGCUGCAAUAAAUACUACUUUUUCACACAUUGAAGGUGGGUUUAGGAUGCUGUUGACUGACAGGAGUAAAUUAUUGAUGGGUGUUGGAGGAGUUACUGCGCUCGCUGCUGGAAUUUAUACUACCAGGGAAGGAGCAAAAGUUACAUGGGGUUACAUUAAUAGAAUCUUGGGUCAACCUUCACUGAUCCGUGAAUCAUCUAUGCCAAAGUUUCCACUUUCAAGGUUUAAGGCUCUCAAAUCUACUUCAGCAUCUCUGUCAGGAGGUGCAGGCUUUGAGAAUGUUAUUCUUCAUCCUUCACUGAAACGGAGGAUUGAACAUCUUGCACGAGCUACAGCAAAUACAAAGUCGCACGAUGCACCAUUUCGCAACAUGCUGUUCUAUGGUCCCCCUGGAACUGGGAAAACAUUAGUUGCUAGGGAGAUGGCACGCAAAUCUGGCUUGGAUUAUGCCAUGAUGACGGGAGGAGAUGUUGCACCCUUAGGAUCAGAAGCUGUUACCAAAAUACAUCAAAUUUUUGACUGGGCUAAGAAGUCAAGGAAGGGCAUGCUGCUUUUCAUUGAUGAGGCUGAUGCGUUCUUGUGCGAGCGCAACAGCACCCACAUGAGCGAAGCUCAGCGGAGUGCUCUCAAUGCACUACUAUUUCGAACUGGAGACCAGUCGAGGGAUAUUGUCCUUGUCCUUGCAACAAACCGACCUAGUGAUCUUGAUGCUGCUAUUACGGACCGCAUUGAUGAAGUUAUUGAGUUCCCUUUACCUGGGGAGGAGGAGAGGUUCCAGCUGCUCAGGUUAUACUUAAACCACUAUAUGCUCAAGGAAGAUGGAAAAAACUCGUUUUGGGACUCACUGCUGAAAAAGCAACGGCAGAAGAUACAAGUUAAGGACAUAAGUGAUGAUUUGCUCAGGGAGGCUGCCAGGAAGAUCAAUGGAUUCUCUGGCAGAGAGAUUGCGAAGCUUAUGGCCAGUGUGCAAGCUGCUGUUUAUGGCCGCCCUGACUGUGUGUUGGAUCCCCAGUUGCUUAUGGAGGUAGUUGAAUACAAAGUGGCUGAGCAUCAUCAGCGCAUCAAGCUUGCUUCUGAGACUUCAACUUGAGCAAUGUUAUAGAUUUUAUCAGAAAGCAGCAGUCCUUUUCAGAUCUACUGUCCCCAUAUAUAUGUUCUGAUAUGAGGAAUGGAGUGAGAUAUAGUCAGUUUCCUCCAGCUGACUUCGAUAGAAGUUGAAAUUUAGAACACACCGGAUACUGAUGUUCUUCUUUGCGGGGGGUAUGACCUAGGCUUGUCCGGUUCCAAUUUUGUUCCAUCUCUUUGCCUGUAGCAUAUUUAUGGUGGUUUUUAUGGAAAUACAGGCAAAUAGGUAAGACUGAGAUGCGCAUGCUGAAAAUCUUAUUUGACUGAAGUGGUUCAACCAUUCAUCUUAUUUGUUAGAAUUUGAUUUUGUCUUCAUUAUCAUAGAUGAUGAAAAGUUGAACUUACCGAUAGACCUGCAUGUCGUCUGUGUAGGAUUUAUCUAAUUAUUUGCACUUAUGUCUUGCCCCUAA